AUGAGCAAUACUCCUCCCAUCGAAGGCAAGACUCAGGAGCAGCAGCAAAUGCUGCUGCUUCAACAGCGCGCACAAACUGCACAGCCACACCUCGGGCAGCAGCAACUGCUGCAACACCAGCUGCAGCAGCAGCACCAACAGCUAAUGCAGCAGCAUCCCAUCGGAUCCUCUUCAGUCCAGUCGAUGCCGCUGCAACAGCCUAUGCUGCAACACUAUCAGCAACUGCUUCCUCCUCAGCAGCAGCAGCCGCAGUCGAGCCACACUUUGCACGGAAUGCCACAACACGCCUUCUCGUUGCCUCCCCAGCAACACCUCCACAUGCAGCAUCUGCAGCAGCACCAGCAUUACAUGCACCGACCUCCCUUGCAUGGGGCCCCCCAGGGGCCUCCCAAGCCAGUGACUCCGCCAUCAACAGUUAUAUUGGCAGCAAUGCCAAUGGAAGCGGUGCAGAUUGCCGCUCGACCAGGGAGCGCCUCAACUGUUGCAGAUUUGGUGCGGGAGGCUAUGGAGGCUGCGGAGGCGGCUGAACGAAAUCCAGAGUCAUCGUACGGAGCCGUCAGAGAGGCUGAUGAGGGCUUUGCUGAAGACGACUUUUUAGACUUCACGGAAGACAUUGCUGCUUUGAUGGAAGCGUUUUUGAGUCCGUCAGUUGCUGUAGCAGCCCAAACUUUGGAGCUGACAGUGCAGCUCGCCCUUGACUUUGUCGACGAACUUGUGGAAAAGGGCUUAGAGAAUCGUCGGCAACAGCAGGAAAACUGUCGUUCUUCUUCGACUGCUCCAAGAAACCUUCUGCCGCCGCUGCUCGCUGAGGAUUUGCUGGCAGCCUUGCGGUCACAGCCACGCAAGGCCGUGCGGUGUCGAGAAGCCCUUGAAAAUUACAGACAGCUGGAGGAAUUCAAGUGUGCCUUCCCAGAAGGAAGAUACCUAGCCGCUCCAACGCAAGCGCAGACGCCAGCACCUCCUCGAGGCAGCAGCAGCAGCACUCCAGGGGCAGGCCUGCCUCAAACCCAGACACCCCAUGGAACCUCUACCGUAUCCAUGCAACCGCAAGGCCAUAGCACGCCGUUCGAUCCCUCAUUGGGGAUGCAGGGAACUCCUGAGCAACCCCUAGUGGCCAUGUUUGGUCAAACCCAGACUCCUAGGGUUCGUCCACAGCAGACCGAUGCAACGCUCGAGGUUCCGCCUCCCCGCUUAACCCCCUCUGCUCCGAGCCCUUUGCCGAUGAGCAUUUAA